CACGUAGCGUCUUUCGUAACUCGCAGUGAGCCGCAUCUGCGUCGGUUAUUGUGCGUGUUUUAUGCAAACAAGUUUCGCAAAUCAAGUUUGCGAUCACGCGUGUGCGUGAAGCGCAAUUUCGCGAUCGGAUUAUUAAUUCGUUCGGCUCGCUUCAUUGCGCGCUUAUUUUUGAAAGUGCGAAACAAGUUCGCAAUCGCGAGCGAAGAGGUUAGCGCUUGCCAACGUGAUGGCGCCAAAUUCAUGAUCGAUAAUAUGCUAAGUUGUUAGCGAUAUCGCCAAAAAAGAUUGAAUCUUCGAAGAUACAAUAACAGCGGUUUCUUCGUGGUGUAACGGAACUCCUAGUUGAACUCGUGGCAUUGCUGGGGUAACGCAUCGUCGAAAAGAUGAACACUUCAAGCAGCGCACUUUUAGUGCACUCGCCGAUCGAUGAAGAUUCACGAAUCACUUCGCGAGGAAAAUCUGGCAUCUCGAUCUCAAAAAAUUGGAUACUGACGCAUGGCACCGCAUUGAGCCUGAUUAUCGACAAGUCUCAUGCAAUAUCGAGUUUCAUCACGAAUAUAGUACCGGGAGAACUUACGAUCGUGCCAACAGAACUUGCAAACGAAUUGAAAUUUCGUGUCUAUCGGGAUCUAGAGAUCGACGAUGGUUCUCGAUCGGGCGAUUAUUCACGCGUUCAGGAGCAUCUAGGCAGCGUCGUGGCCGCUUGGAAAUGUCCGCUACUAACGAAGACUUUCGACGAAUUCUUCGAAAUGUGGAACUUUCCUAAUUCGUCGAUCAAGUUCGAUCGAUUUCUACGAUCGAUCUACCUGCUCGUCUUCAUCACCAAUGCCGACAAAAAAUCAAUCGUGGAAAUUCCAACGGUCAAACAAGCUCUCUCUUGUCUGCUGUAUCAAGCUCUGCGGAAUCCCAUUCGUGGAUCGUCCGUGGAAAUCGAGUCCACACCCUUCGGCAAUCCCGUGUUCAUCGGCUCGAUCGCGCGCGGUGUCAUCAGCAACGUCAUCGGCGACGAGGGUUGCGUCAUCAUGACGGACGCGUACGCGUUUCCCGGUAGCGAGGGUGGUCCCGUCUACGUCAUUCCGGACUGCAAACGUCGAAUUAUCAGCGGGUUGGUGAUUGCGCCGUUGAGUUGGUGUCGCGGAGAAUGGGUAGAUUACACCUUUGCCGCCAAUCUUGCCCCGUGUUUGCUCAACAUUUUACGGAAGAAGGAUCCUUGUUGUUCUCCGAUUAUAAGCCACCAGAAAGAUGAAGCGUUAGAUAGAGGUGUCGUGCUUGUUAGGUGUGGGAUUAAUUGGGGCACGGGCGUCCUCGUGGACAAGGAUACUGGUACAUUCCUGACGUGCUCACACGUCGUCGCCGAGGCGCCAGAAAGGGAGAUAUCAAUUGUAAUGAAUACAGACCAGACCAAUUCACGCACGUGGGCGAAACUGUUGUAUAGAACUCCGGAGAAUCAGCCUUAUGACGUGGCUGUAUUGAGGGUGAAUCCACAGGAUAUGGAUCCCUUAUUGAAGUCGAUACGUUUGUCUCGUGCUGCGAUUGUAAAAGGCGAAUCGGUGGUGUCCGUGGGAUUUCCGUUCUCCUCGUCCGUCCGGCCGACCAUCAGCAGCGGCGUGAUAUCCAAGUCGAUGGACUGCGCGCUCCUGACAACUUGUUGCGCCCAGAGUGGUACCAGCGGCGGGCCAAUAAUCAGCCGCGCGACCGGCGAGAUGCUGGGAAUGAUCGUGUGCAACGCGCUCUCAUCGGACGGUGCUGUAUUGUACCCGCGGAUGAGCUUGGCGGUGCCGGCCGCCGUGAUGGAUCGGCCCCUACAGGAAUAUUUGCGCACUGAUAAUCCCGACGUGCUUCGAGCUUUCACGUGCGACGACGCGAUAGUGCGCAAUGUUUGGAAUUUCUACCCUUUGCUGCCAUCCAAAUUGUGAAAAAAGCGAUGCGCGAGAUAAACUCUGUACAUAAAACAUAUAUUCAAAUUCUAAUCGCAUGGUGGAUUAUUCAUUAUUUGAUCCGCAUUGUUUGAGCUAUUUCUAUUGCGGCUAUCAUAUUGUGCGGAUAAUAUAUUGGAUUAUUUGCAUUGGGGAAUAUUUAUCUGUGAGUCACUGGGCCUGCCAAUCUCGAACUCGACACGCUCUUGUGAACAUAAUCUUGCCUUCGAAUCCUCAUUGAAUAACAUACGCCAUUGACCGAGUUUAAAAUAUAAAGAGAAAGUUUUUCGUGACGUUAAAGUCGUAGCGAUUGGCACGCAAAGCGACAUGAGUCAACGAUCCCUUCGUAUUUAUGCUAAAGACUUCGCUGAUGAAUAAUAUUAUGUACAUAUAUCGUCGUGUACUGAAUUUUCAAACGGUGUUUAAGUUGGUGUACUUUGUAAAGGUUGCAUUUGCCUUGUCAAGAAAUAUGAUUUCUUCUAUGAUUCAAAAUAUUAUUUAGAUAUAUAAUAUCAUGAUAUGACUGAUCUGCUAUAAUAAGAUGCACACCAUAAUACAUAAUGUAAAGUGAUUUGUAAUAAAUUACUAUUUGUCGUAUAUGUGAUUGUAAUCCUUCCGAAAAAAAUACCAUAAAGUAAUUCUCAGAGAUGCACUUGCUUCGCCAUCUGACAAAUACUCGCACAACUAAAAUUUCUUUGCAGCCUCUUUGGUUCACAUUGGCUUUUCAUAUUUUACUAAACGUAUGAGAAUUUCUCUAAAAAAUUUUAACUUUAUAUCUAAUAUAAGCGAGUCAUGCUCAAAAUAUGAUUAAGAAUUAACAUUUAUCGACUGGCUUUAGCAUUAAGAGUUUUGAGAUAAAUAUGUAUUAAGUAUUAAGACAUAUUCAACACAAAUCGUCAUUUUUAUUAUUUCAAAAAUUAUUAACGAAUUUAAUUAUGAGAUUGAUGUAAAUAUAUAAUAUUUAACUAGAAUAGCAUAAAUCAUAAAAUUUGUCAAUUCGUACUAAGAUAAUGUAUAUUAGACAUCAUGCAGAUUGAGAAGCUACAUAAGAUAUUCGAGAAAAUACGAAACAUACAGUGAA